GCAGCAGCAGUCGGCCGCUGCUCACAGAGAAGGACCAGAAAUCUGCAGCUCAUAGAAUGAAGAGAUCAAAAUGAUGCUGCCUGUAAAAAGGGAUUAAACUCUGGGCGCCACCUCGCUGCUGUCGGCCGCUUGGUGGAUCACACGGAUUUGCCAGCGGGAGUUGAGAACGUAGACAUGCCGUCGCUGAGCAUCCACUGACCGACCAUGAUGAAGACCGAAUCCACAUCCAAGAGCACCGGCUCCGGCUCCACGCUCAGGAGCCCAUCCCCGCACAGAAACGCAUACGAGGCGGGGAUGCAGGCCCUGAAGCCCGUCAAAGACAAUGCUGCGAACGGAGAUUUGCAGGACGGGCCCCGGGGGCGCAGGUAUGGCUCCAACGUGCACCGUAUCAAAAACAUGUUCCAACAGAUGCAGACCACAUCCCCGGCGGAUGCAGAGGGAGAGGAGGGAGCCAAGAGCGCAGACAAGGCAGUGCGUCUGUCCCUCCCCAGAGCCGGGAGUCUGAACGAGAACGUGGACCACAGCGCGCUGCUGAAGCUCGGCUCCACCGUGUCCGAGCGCGUCAGCAAGUUCGACACCAAACCUGAAAAUGGCAACCAGCGGGCCUCGUCGCCAAGCUACUCCAAGCUGCAGGAGACCCGUCGCAUCUUUGAGCAGCAGCAGCUGGAGAAGCAAGAGAGGCAGGAGAAGGAGGAGAUGCAGGAGAAGGAGGAGAUGCAGGAGAUGCAGGAGAAGGAGGAGAGGCAGGAGAAGGAGGAGAAGUUAGAGAAGCUGGAGAAGCACGAGAAGCUGGCCACCACCAGAGUCCUGCUGAAGACAGACAAGGCCUCUGGCUUCCAGGAAGGCAGGUUGGACGUGUCUCGUUUCAAUGGCAGCACAGAGUCCCUGGACAGUCUGGACACCAGUGAGGCGGUGUCCCCCACAGUAAGCCAGCUCAGUGCCGUGUUUGAAAGGGCAGCCGAGCUCCGGAACAACCUCCACCGCCUCUCCUCCACCCCGCCGCUUCCCUCAAGAGGGGUCAGCGCCAAGGUAGGUGUGUUGAACUCCAAAAUAAUCACAAAGAGAGCUUGUGCCUUUGCAGCAGGCAACCAGGAGGACGACUCAAGCAAUCAGAGGGACCAAGAGGGGCCUCCAAGGGCCCCAAGGGGGAGGGUGACUCUCCCAUCUGAAAACAUUAAUGGGGGACAAAGUGGCCCAACUACUGAAUUUUCCAGUGGUGUAGGAGAACAUACUAAAAAAACUGUUUCAGAUGCAGGUGUUGAGGCAAAACCUGAGAUUAAAACUGAGGAACACCCUGGGGAACAGGAGCCAACCAGAACAUCACUGCAAAGUGACAUCCACACCUCUAUGGAGAAUGGGGAAGCUGCUGCAGAGCAGCAUGGCAAGGUGCUUGUGCAGGAUGGUGAGACGGCCAGAGAACCCGAGGACGACGACAACAGGACUCUCAGGGAGGAGCAGUCGGGCCGUGACUCUGUGGAUAUCAGUGCCUACAGCGCAGUCGGUGAGGACUUUGGAGGAAGCCAGGUGGAUGAGGAGGAAGCGGAGGCUGACGACCACUAUGAGCCCGAGUCCAGCUGUGUGGAGAUCACUGGGCUGCCUGAGGAGGAGAGUCCACCCACCUCCAGGAAGAUUUGCUUCAGCAUAGAGCCAAUCAAGGUGUUUGCCACCUACUCCAAUGAGGAUUACGACCGGCGCAAUGAAGACGUGGAUCCCAUGGCAGCAUCUGCAGAGUACGAGCUGGAAAAGAGGGUGGAGAGGCUGGACCUGUUCCCCGUGGAGCUGGAGAAAGAUAGCGAUGGCCUGGGCAUCAGUAUCAUUGGGAUGGGUGCCGGAGCAGACAUGGGUCUGGAGAAGCUGGGAAUCUUUGUCAAGACAGUCACAGAUGGAGGAGCAGCUCAAAGGGACGGCAGGAUCCUGGUGAACGAUCUGAUCGUGGAGGUGGACGGGACCAGUUUGGUGGGAGUCACUCAGACCUUUGCCGCCACUGUACUCAGGAACACUUCAGGAACUGUCAAGUUUGUGAUCGGGCGAGAGAAACCUGGUGAACAGAGUGAAGUGGCCCAGCUCAUCCAGCAGACGCUGGAGCAGGAACGCUGGCAGAGGGAGAUGAUGGAGCAGCGCUACAACCAGUACAUGGAUGAACAAGAGGGUGCUGAAUAUGGCACGGAUGAAGAAGAGGACGAGGAUGAGGAGGUCAGUCCGUCGUAUCCCAGUGCCAUUGAGGUGUUCGACUUGGCGGAGAAUGAGGACAUGUCACCUUUGGAGACUGACCCUGAGAAACUGGCCCACAAAUACAAAGAGCUUCAAAUAAAGCAUGCUGUGACCCAGGCUGAGAUCCAACAGCUGAAAAGAAAGCUGCACCAUGCUGAGCAGGACAAGCAGCGCUGGCGUAUGGAUAAGGCUCAGCUGGAGCAUACCCUGCAGGAGAACAAGGAGCGUAUGGAGAAGCUGGAGGGCUACUGGAUGGAGGCUCAGAGCUUGUGCCAGGCGGUGGACGAGCACCUGAAGGAGACACAGUCCCAGUAUCAAGCACUGGAGCGCAAGUACAGCAAAGCCAAACGCCUGAUCAAGGAGUAUCAGCAGAAGGAGAUUGAGUACCUGAAGAAGGAGACGCAGCGUUGUGCACAAGUCGGGGCCGAGGCCUCCCUUCUGGAGGAGGAGUCUGGACAGCUCCAAGAACAGGUACAGGAGGUGGCUGACCUGGAGUGCAGGGUCGAGGAGCUGAAAUCUGAACCUUUAUAAGAACCCUUUCUCCAUCACGUGUCUCUGAAAGCAGAGCCUCACCAGAUGGAAGAGAUGAUAGUGUUGUUGUACUUGCGAUAAACUGCAGGGUAUUUCUCGUCUCCAACCUGAGCUUGGUCUCUGGUCACGUACUGUAUGUGUGUCCCCAGGCUUUGUAUUUCAACCACCUAACCCCCCUUCAGACAACGUUUUUCUGUUGAACAUUUAUGGGAACAUGGAGAACAUUUUUUAUCAUCACAAAUAUAGACUGGAGCUCUAGAUGUACUGUUCCUUUUUUUAUUUUUUAUUUUCAAAAUUCAGUAUUUAAUCCCAUAAUUUGUGGUUUUGUGCAAGACCAAGCUGUUACUUUUAAUUGCCAAAAAAAUCUCCUCUCUUUCUUUUGCCUAGUUUUGUGACCUUUUUCUUUGAGUGUGUACAGAUGUGAUACUGUGUGGUUUAACAAUCAAUUUGGUUUGUAAAAAUUUUUAUGAUGUGUAUAACAUUUAACAUAAUAUAAAAACAAAAUGAGAUUGAGGGUUGUUGUAUAUUUUACGUGCUGAAGUUGUGUAAAUUGGACUAAGAUUGCACUGAAGAAGACAUUACGCAAGGUGCUUCACUGGAGUGGAGGACUAAACGGAGGUGAGAAGUUGUACAAACAAUAACCCAACCUUCUUCGGGGUGUUGUCACUCAACCUUGAAAACCACCUGCUGCCUACCUUUCAGAAGUGUUUGUGUAUUUUUUUACACAUUAAGACUCAACUCACGAGCUACCAAACCUCCAGUUUCAACCCGUUGUUCUUUAAGAAGGAAGACGGAGACAAGUCUCCAAAACUGCUGUGCCACAAAUGAAAAUGGACCUUUUCUUACCCUGUCAAAGUGGAUGUUGUCAAGGACUUUGUGUAACCGGUAUUAGUUAGGACUACUGAUGUAAGAAAGAUUGCAGGACUUGGAUGUUUAAGAAGCAGUAACCAGCAGCAAAGUGACAGAUUUUAAGAGCCCUUCUCUAACCAGCAGCUGCUCUUGACACCGCUGUGUAGCACACAUGAAAACACUGCCAGGUUUCUACCUGUUUCAACUUAACGCACAGUUUAAAAAUUAAAUUUAGUCUAAUUGUGUCAACUGUCUAUAUACCAGUAUGUUUGUAUAGUUCAGGUGAGACUAAAAUAUUUUAUGUAAUAUUUAUAACAUAGUCGAGGUGGAAAACUGAGAGCUAACAAGGACAAAUCUGACAAAAGCAAUGCAAGAAGUGAUCAUAGACAUUAUACUGUGUCAUGUUGAAAAAAAAAAAAAGUAGUAGAUCAGAGUGACUACAAAAACAAAGAUUAAUGAAUUGAAAAAAAGGCAUGGUUAUGAGUAUUUUCAUAAUAUUAAGGCUUGUACAGUGCACAUGCUUUGCAUUGUAUGUUUUGUGGAAUAAAUGGUCAACAGUAACAAUGGUCAAAA